UUUUAUUGUGGCUCAGCUGAAUUACGGCCUUCAUCUCUCGUUACGCCGCGCCUCUUCUUUUUAUAGAGGUGGCCGGCUAUUGACGACGCUGUUGGCAAAUAGUCACUUGUGUCCGCAGAGGUGUUAGCAACUCUUGUGUAUAAGAACCCGGCGCCACUGAGCAAUGGAACACUCUCCCGAUGAUCCGGCACCGGGCGGUGGAGACGGAAACCGCCGAGACGAGAGAGAACCGCCACAAAUUGUCGGAGAAGAAAAGGACGGGAGUUUGUACCCGUACGACUACUUGGAGGAGCCGAGUCGCCCUUCUUCGCGAGCCAGUUCGGCCGGUGGGCGCGUCUCUCCCUCCAUCCUCCAGGACCUGGCCUCGGGAGACAUGGACAACGUGGCUUGGAGCGAGCUGCCCGUAGAGAGGGUCUACGACUACUUCGCACAGGCAACGAGUCUGGAGAGCGUCCUCCGCGCUUUCGGAGAGCUGAAGGCGAAGCUGGGAGUGGAAGAGCUGCGCGGUCUGGAGCUGUUUGGAGCCCUGAGGGAGAAGCUGUGUACUCAAAAGACGUGGAAAGCGCGGGACGCUCUGCAGCUGUUGGAGAAGAGAGCUAACCAGCAGGAGUAUAUGGGCCAGAAGGCCGCGGAGGGAGUGAAGGUGCUGAUAGUUGGAGGAGGACCGGUCGGUCUAAGACUUGCCAUAGACUGUCUCCUAUUGGGAUGUGACGUGAGAGUCAUCGAGAAGAGGCCUUCUUUCUCUCGGAACAACGUCCUCCAUUUGUGGCCUUUCACUAUCGAAGACCUCAGACAACUCGGAGCCAAGAAAUUCUGCGGGAAAUUCUGUGCAGGAGCCAUUGACCAUAUCUGCAUUCGCUCCCUGCAGUGCAUCCUGUUGAAGAUCAGUCUCCUCCUCGGACUCUCGUUCCAUGCCGGAGUGGAGUUCCUCCAGGUUCUGGAACCAAACGCGGACACUGGUUGGCGCGCCAAGCUAAACCCGUCUGACCACUUUCUAAACCAGUUUGAAUUUGACGUGUUGGUUGGAGCCGACGGUCGCCGUAGCACCGUUCCAGGGUUUGAUCGGAAGGAACUGAGAGGUAAGCUGGCACUGGCGAUAACUGCCAAUUUCGUCAACUACUUCACGAGAGAGGAAGUGGCCGUGGACGAGAUCAGUGGAGUGGCUUUCAUCUUCAACCAGAAAUUCUUCAAGGAGCUGAAAGCGGACACGGGCAUCGACUUGGAGAACAUUGUCUACUACAAAGACGACACACACUAUUUCGUGAUGACUGCAAAGAAAUACAGUCUCCUCAAGAAAGGAGUUCUAGUGGCUGACCUCCCUGACACGAGGGAUCUCCUCCAUCCAUCAAACAUCAACAAAGAAGAGUUGUACGAGUAUGCAGUGGAUGCUGCCGGCUGGUCAACUGAACUGCCUCAACUGGACUUUGCACUAAACCAUUACGAUGAACCCGAUGUCGCUCUUUUCGACUUCACCUCCAUAUUUCAGGCGGAGUACGCGGCCAGAGCUCUCAAGAGACGAGGCAGGGAUCUCAUUCUCUGCGUGGUCGGAGACGCUCUUCUUGAGCCGUUCUGGCCAACUGGUACAGGUCUGGGCCGAGGGUUCCUCUCUGCACAAGACACUGCCUGGAUGAUUAGAGGACUUGGCCAGGGUAGAAAUAUGUCGGAGCUGCUGUGUGAACGAGAGGUCAUUUCGCAACAGUUGCCGCAGACAACGCCAGAGAAACUGCAGAACAACAUAAAGACUUAUACGAUCAACCCUUUCACACGCUACUGCAAUCUUCAACUUCGAAAACUGCCAGUUCAGAGCGUCAAACAUCUGUACGACACGGAUACCAUAGGAACAAGCCCCGCCCUCCAACGAGGCUCGUUCAAAAUGAAAUCUUCAGCAGGCUCGUCAUCCAGUAACAAGGAGAACAGGGCACCCACUCCCUCCUCCCUCUCCUCUCCCUCCAUCCCCGUCCCAUCUCUAAGUCCCUCCAGAAGACCUCUGGCUGAAGGCUCUGUUAACCUCGCCUACUACUCCGAACCAGCGAAUAAGAUGUCACUGCCCAACCCCUCCGUUCUUCUCCAGUGGGCAAACACUCAUAUCCAUGGAUACGGUAUCCGUGUCAACGACCUUACGACCUCUUGGAGCGACGGUCUUGCCCUGUGCGCCCUCAUUCACGGAUUUCAUCCUGAGUUCAGUCCCGAAUUCCCCCAGCUCACACCGGCUGAUCCAAUCCUCAACAACAGACGAGCAUUCUCCGUUGCCGAGGAGAGUUUCGGAAUAUCUCCGCUCCUCCGGCCGGAGGAGAUGGAAACUCCUGAUAAAAUAACUCUCCUCACCUACCUCAGUCUGUUCCACGAGUUCUUCUCCGACACGGAGCCGGCCGGUCUGGCCCCGCCCACUGGAGGAUCGGACAAGGCAGCCCCACCACAGAAAGCCACUCCCACUAAGAGAAAAGCUGCAGCCAUGUACGCCCCAACACCUCAGUCAGUCGAGAGGAGCUGGAACACUCAGACAGUCAAGAGACGCAGCCUCUCCCCACCUCCCACGGCAACCGCAACAACGACAUCACUUAGCAACGGUCGCCACGACGACGACCCCUCUGAGGUCGAGCCGCCCAAGAAAAAGGCGUACACGCAACCGAAAGGGGUUAAAAGAUUGGCGAAUCAGAAAUUCGUUCCCCCGACAACGGCAACCAGUUCCAGCGAUGUGUGUUACUACUGUGGGAAGAAGGUCUUACCUGAUGGAGAGAAUGAGUGCGAACGGAUUUUUCUUCCACCGCACCUGUUUCAGAUGCACUCACUGUAACUGCCAGCUCAAGAUCGGGGGAUAUUCCCUGUCCAAGGGAGAGAAAUCUGGUGACAGGGGGAAGUUUUUCUGCACUCCUCACUACCGUCAGUUGUUUCUGUCGAACCCCGAGGCAAUCAAUUACUCCCGGGCGGGGCAGGGGCGGAGGGAUAGGGCGGGGCAGGACAAGGACGAGGAGCAGAUGGAAGUUUCGCAACCUCCGACGGCCGUAGAACCCGUAAAACCAGUUCCAAAACUGGACAAACUAGUCGAAGAAGAAGAGGAAGAGGGGGGAAAGAUGGAGGCAGUGAAAAAUGGUUCGAGGGAUAGAGAAAUGGAGGUACCUUCAUCACCUGUUGUGAUUGUCGAACCUCCGACAGUUGAAGAAGAGAAAGAGAGGAAGAAGAGUCGAAAAUGGACGUUUUCAAAAAAGAAUAAAAAGGCUGAUGAAAAACCAGAGAGAGCGGAGAAGGUGGAGGAGGGGAGGGAAGAGGAAGGAGGAGGGUUAGGAACCGAAGCAGCGAAAGAAGAAGCGAAAUCGGAGGAAGAAGAGGUAAGAGAGAGGGAGAGAGUCGAAGAACGUGAGAAGAACGUUUUGGAGAAGGAGAGAGGAAUUGGAGAGGAAGAAAUUUUGAAAGAAGAAGGAAGAAUGGAGAGUGGGGAGAGAGAGGGCGACAGAGAAGAAAGAGAAGGGAGUGAAGUUAAAGCAGAGAGUGAGGGGAGAGAGGAGGAGGGGAGAGAGGGGGAGAAAGAGAGAGAGAGAAGAAGUCUGUGUGAGAGAGAAAGAAGAAGAUGGUCAACGUUGAAUGAAAAUGAAUCAUCUGCAACCGUACAAACUGGACAUCUCCAGGAAGACAAGAUUGAAAAUGGGCCGAUUGAGAACGAGGGAGAGAGGAGAGAGAUGGAGGGAGGCAGGGUGGUAGAGAGCAAAGGAGAGUUUGCUGUGUUUGAGAGGAAGGAGAGGGAGAGACGAGGGAAGAAGAGAGAAUGGGGGAGAGGGACUGAAAGAGAGAGGGAGGAGAGAGAAAUCGCCAUGGAAAUAGAGAGAAGCACGCUGCAGAUCACCACGUGUCUCUACGGAGGAGUUGCAUUCAAGAAGCGUCUGAGAGCACCUUCGAAUGUGCAGAAGUUGACGGCAACGUAUGAAAUGAAGGAAAAAGUGAAAGAGGAGACAUUGACGAGAUCGUCUCGACUGGUCAACAGGAACAAGUACAGAUCACGCGGAGGGCAGAAGAGUAUUGUCAGACCAAUGAGAGUGGCGGGAACGAGUUUGGAGAACACGGACGUCAUGAUCCAGGUAUAUAUACAUACAUUAGUAUGAGCAGGGCGUAUACGUGAGUUAUCGAGUACGACUGCUUGUCCCCGCAAUAGACAAAGAAAAAGUGAUGAUGUCGUUGCUUUUUAAGUGGAACC